CCCACCAACUUAGACAACAAACACCCCCCCAUAAUAACAUACAUAAAUCACACACACUUUAAGUCCUCUUCACUCCAAAUACUCCUUAACCAAAUAACCAUCAUCCACCACCACCAAAUAAUCACUCAAUUUUAUUUUUUCCUUUACAUCAACACCCAAAAUACUUUUACAUUUUUCCUGUUGUAUUCAGCAUCAAAACAUGUCUACCAAAUUCCGAAUCAUGGUAUUCUUGAUCGUCGCAGUAAUCGCGACGAUCAUCCCAUCACCUAUCAAGGCAAAGAACCCAAGAAAGCUCGAUGAAAACGGUGAAGUUAAGUGUGGUAGUUGUCCUUGUGGCACAACUUGCUAUACUAGUCCACCACCACCAAUACCAAUACCAUCACCACCACCACCAUCACCACCACCACCAUCUCCGCCACCACCCAAGAAACCAUCUAGUCCAAAGUGCCCACCACCACCACAUGGCGGCGGCGGCGGCGGAGGAGGAGGCGGAGGCGGUGGAAGUGGGCAAUCGCCAGAUUUUAGUUAUGUUACUGGUCCACCAGGAGACUUGUAUCCAGUUGUGCAAAGUGUAUCGGCGGCUGAUAGUAAUAAUAAGAGAUUUGCGGUGGCGCCAGCGAGUAUGGUGGUGUUUUGGUUAUUAAUUGGCAUGUUGGCUUUUUGGUGAAUUAUAUAUAUAGAAUUUAUAUAUUACAAAGUUCGUUUUUUAUGUGUAAAGAAAAAAAGGUUGGAAUUAGAAUCAGAUUCUAUCAAGAUGAAAAGAGCAAUCUUUUUUGUGAUCGAUCAUAAAAAAAGGUGGUAGUAGCAUUUAAUUUGACUACUUUUUUAUUUUAUUUGUAUACGAAUUUUUUUCUUGAAUAAAUCUUUAAAUUCAUCUUUUAUGUUGUUCAUGUACGUACAUUCAUAGUUUUACAUAUAUUACAUAGAUGUAUAUAUCUGUGUAUACGUAUAAUAAUCUAAGCCACUAUAGUUAUAA